AUGGCUUCUUCCCUUUUCACAAAGAUUCUUUUAGCUCCUCGCUCGAUUCACACUUCCUCCUUAUUCACUCACCACCCACCAAUUCUCUCUUCUCUCUUCAAUAAGCAACUGUUCUCUGUUCGAGCUGUUCCAACCUUUACAGCCCAAACCACUAGGUUGACUGGUUGGGCUCCUUGUAUGGCUUCUUCAAUAGUUAGUAGAAGAGCUACAUAUUCAACACGAUCUGCGCCUACAAGUGAGCCUGUUGUUUCUGUAGAUUGGCUUUAUGAAAACUUGAAGGAGCCUGAUAUUAAGGUGGUGGAUGCAUCCUGGUACAUGCCGGAUGAGCAAAGGAAUCCAAUUCAAGAGUAUCAGGUUGCUCAUAUUCCUGGGGCUCUUUUCUUUGACAUAGAUGGAAUAGCAGAUCGCACUACAAAUUUGCCGCACAUGUUGCCAUCAGAGGAAGCGUUUGCCGCUGCUGUUUCUGCUCUUGGCAUACAGAACAAAGAUGAUCUAGUUGUUUAUGACGGAAAAGGACUAUUUAGUGCAGCUCGUGUUUGGUGGAUGUUCCGAGUGUUUGGGCAUGAUAGAAUUUGGGUAUUAGACGGUGGCCUGCCAAGAUGGCGUGCAUCUGGUUACGACGUUGAAUCUAGUGCUUCGAGUGAUGCUAUUCUUAAAGCCAGUGCUGCAAGUGAGGCAAUAGAGAAAGUAUAUCAGGGACAAGCAGUUGGUCCAAUCACAUUUGAGACUAAAUUUCAGCCACAUCUUGUAUGGACCCUUGAACAGGUAACAAAAAAUAUAGAGGAAAAAUCUCACCAACAGGUAGAUGCUCGAUCAAAGCCCAGGUUUGAUGGAAUUGCACCAGAGCCCAGAAAGGGAAUCAGAAGCGGUCAUGUACCUGGCAGCAAAUGCGUUCCUUUUCCCCAGAUUUUAGAUAGUUCACAAGCAUUGUUACCAGCAGACGAGCUUAAGAAGCGAUUUGAACAAGAAGGCAUCUCUUUGGAAAAGCCGGUUGUGACUUCGUGUGGAACUGGAGUAACUGCAUGCAUUCUUGCAUUGGGUCUUCAUCGUCUUGGAAAGACGGAUGUUCCGGUUUACGACGGAUCAUGGACCGAAUGGGGAUCAAAUUCUGAUACUCCUGUCGACUCCGCCGCACAAACACAAUAG